AUGACCAAGCGCGCAGGUGAGAGAAAAAAAUCUGGAAAGAGUGCACGCGAAUGGAAAUAUAAAUGGAUGCAUUUGUUGGUUGCGUUCAGUGUGAACAGCUAUGGACAAACCAUUUUCACGGAUCAUUCCCUUUUUGGAUUUGCUGAUACAUCGGCGAUAAUCACGAACAAACUGCUGGAACUUUCGUUAGCCGAUUGUAAUCACUGUAUAUGUGUAUCACAUAUAGGCAAAGAGAACACGGUACUGAGGGCUCGAGUCAAUCAUGAGCGGGUGUCUGUAAUCCCAAAUGCUGUUGACACAACCGUCUUCACUCCUCAGCCAGAAAACCGCAAAAAAGAUGCAAUUACUAUUGUUGUCAUCAGUCGACUCGUUUACCGGAAGGGUAUUGACCUGCUGGCCCAAAUAAUCGUAGACAUCUGCCAAAAAUAUAAAACAAUUGAGUUUGUGAUUGGCGGGGAUGGUAGCAAACGUGCAUUAUUGGAGGAGACGUGUGAACGUCAUGGACUGACCUCUAGAGUUGAGAUUCUAGGCAGUCUUGCUCACUCUCAAGUCCGCAACGUUCUAACAAGGGGCCACAUAUUCCUCAAUACAUCUUUGACUGAGGCUUAUUGCAUGGCUAUUGUUGAAGCUGCAUCUUGCGGGCUACAGGUAGUCAGUACAAGAGUUGGCGGGAUUCCUGAAGUUCUUCCACCUGAACUAAUUUACUUGACUGAACCCAAUGUUCCAUCUUUGUUAGCUGGCCUGGAGAAAGCAAUAGCGGACUUGGAGAGUGGAAUGGUAGUCUCUCCUAUCGAAUGUCAUCUCAAGGUCAAAGCACUCUACAACUGGAUGAAUAUCACUGAACGCACUGAGAAAGUUUACAAUUUGGUCGUCGGAGAACCAGUCAAAGAUUUAACUGCUCAACUACAGAGUUACCUGUCACCUGAUGGCAAAAUGUCAACCGGCAUGUUCCUGUUCACUGUGCUGAUAUGUUUCUUGUACCUCAUGCUACGAGCUCUCGAAUGGCUUGUACCACGAAAUGAAAUUGAUUUGGCAAGAGAUUUCAACAGACAAGAGAGGGAAUCGCCAGCUCACAAGCGCAGACGCAGUGAAUAAUGAAUAAACAUUCAUUGAUUCAUGAUUCAUCAAAGAAAAACGACAUUCACAAAAUUGGUGCCAAAGAAUUGUCUUCUAUGAAAACAUUAGCAUUUAAACUCUGUAAUUAAGAUCUUUUGUUAAGGAAAUUGUAUGAAAAAAUCAAUUGUUUAUUACUUGUUCCUAAUUUUGGAAUUUUACUGUACAGAUUUUAAAUUUGUUACUGAAAUACAUUUUACCCAUUUUGGUGGUCAA